AUGUCCACCCCCACUCCCCGUCUCGCCCUCGUAACCGGCGCCAACGGCUACAUAGGCGCCCGCACUGUCGGCGCCUUCCUCUCCGCCGGCUGGUCAGUCCGCGGCACAGUCCGCGACCUCUCCAGCAGCACCUCGGCGGCGCUAGCCGCGCACCUAGCUUCCUACAUCGCCUCCGGCCGCCUCGAGCUCGUCAGCGUGCCGGACAUCACCACCCCCAACGCCUUCGACGCCGCCAUGCGGGGCGUGACCGCCGUCGCGCACCUCGCCUCGCCCGUGGUGCUCGACAGCGACGACCCGGACUACGUGCUGGGGACGGCGGUGGGUGGCACCCUAGGGGCGCUGGAGUCGGCGCUGCGGGCGUCCUCCGAGUCCUCCGAGUCCAAGGGGUUGCUGAAAAGUUUCGUGCUCAUGUCCAGCAUCGUAGCGGUCGGGUUCAGCGGAUCAGACGGCGUCGUCACGGAGGCGGACUGGAACACCGAGGUCGAGGAGGCGAUGAGCCAGCAGGGCGCCGCCGAGGCGCGCGGGAUGAACGUCUAUGUGGCGAGCAAGAUCGCGUCGGAGCGCGCGCUGUGGAAGUGGGUUGCGGAGAAGAAACCCGCCUUUGCGACUUCGGCUGUGAAUCCUGUCUGGGUCGCCGGCCCGCCCCUCUACCUCCCGCUCUCCGCAGACCAGAUUCACGGGACGAACCAGUUCAUCUGGCAGGUCCUCUCGGGCCAGGAGUACCCGCCGGGCCCGCCGGGCUACGGCACGCACGUCGACGUCCGAGACGUUGCGAGAUUGAGCGUAUUCGCGGCUGAGCACCCAGAUAUCGUCGACGGACAGCGGUACAUUGCCGGUGGCAACGGCAACUUCGGCGUCCCGCAGGCUGCGGCUGAUGUCCUACGCGAGGCGUACCCGGACCGCCGCGAUGUGAUCAAAAAGGGGACGCCCGGACAGGGGUACGAGCCCCGCUGGGCGUCUCCCCCUAAUGUGCCCAAGAUCGUAUCGGAUAAGGCUGUUGCUGCAACGGGUCAGUCUUGGAUCCCGUACGAUAAGAUGGUUCUGGAUGCGGCGAAGAUGUUUGAGGCGUUCUUGUAG